GUACUUACCUAUCGUUCUGCAAGGACGCCGUCCUUAUCGUCCCGCGCCCGAAGACGACGCUUCAAGCACGCUUCUGUUGCCAUCCCCAACUGCACCCAAACCACCACCCACUCUGCCACUGAGGAGCCCCAUGGGGAGGAUAGUGAUGCUACCUCUCAAGAUGGUCGAGAGUUCACCUCUACAUUCAAGGAUGGCAACGAUA